GAGUGAAGGAGGCUUGCGACAGCACGCGGAGAGCUUUACGGCGACGUGUGUUGAGAACGACACGCGGGGGGCGGGGGCUGCGCUUGGAGGUGCCUAGUAAGCGGGAUGAUGGCAGCUGAGCGGGCGCUCCCGGCUUCUCCGAAUUGGUACUGCAGCCGCUGCAGCGAUACCUCCGAGGAUGGGCACCUCUUCGGCUUCGCGGCUCGUCACAACAUUUGCCUACUGGAGGUCCGCCCGGCGGCGCCCGCCUUCCAUGGAGAGCUAGUGGGUCACACAGAAAGGGUUUCUGGUUUCUCAUUUUGCCACUAUCCUGGUCAGAAUAACUACUGCGCCAGCAGCUCUGAUGAUGGAGCUGUGAAAAUCUGGGAUUCACAGAGACGGGCUGUUGUGACAGAACAUACACUGCAUCAGAAUACAAUUUCUGCAUUGCACUGGUCACCAAAAGUGAAAGAUUUGGUUGUAACUGGUGAUGAGAAGGGAAUAGUCAUUUGUUACUGGCAUAAUCGAAAUGACAGCCAGCAGUUUUUCCCAGAGCCCAGAACUAUAUUCUGUCUCACUUGUUCCCUCCACCAUGAAAAUUUGGUAGCCAUUGGCUAUAAAGAUGGAAUUGUGGUUAUAAUCGACAUCAGCAGAAAGGGAGAAGUUAUUCAUCGCUUGAGAGGACAUGAUGAUGAAAUACAUUCCCUGGCAUGGUGCCCUGUGCUUGGUGAGGAAAGCAUAUGUAGUCGACAAGAAGAGCUCCAAGAAGACACUACUACUAGAGGUGUGACUGAUGAAGCAGAUCUAAUGAAAGGCUAUUGCUUGGCCUCAGGAAGCAAAGAUCAGACCAUCCGUGUAUGGAGCUGUGCUAGAAACAGAGUGUUGUUUACCCUGAAGUUGCCCUUUUUGAAAAGGAGAGGUGGAGGUGUUGAACCAGCUGUCAAAGAACGCCUCUGGUUGGCUGUGCACUGGCCCCAAAGCCAUCCCACACAGAUCUUAUCCAGUUCCUUUGGAGGUGAACUGCUGCAAUGGGAUCUGACCCAGUCUGGGAAACGGAAGUGGGAGCUUCUGGGAGCCUCAUCUGAAGGACAAAAUCACUCCAGAAUAGUGUUCAACUUGUGUUCAUUGCGAGCAGAGAGCAGAGAGCUACUUUUCUCCAUUUCAAUGGACAGGGAUGUGAAGUGUUGGGACCUGGCAUCUUUAAAUUGCUGUUGGACAAUGCCCUCUCUGGGGGGGUUUGUUUACAGCCUGGCUUUCUCCCCUGUGGACACAGGCUGCCUUGCUGUAGGGGUUGGGGACAGCAUGCUCCGAGUGUGGAAUACCUUGUCAAUAAACAGUCACUACGAUGUGAAAACCUUCUGGCAAGGCAUUAAAUCGAAGAUCACUGCUUUGUCCUGGCACCCAACUAAGGAAGGCUGUUUAAGUUUUGGAACAGAUGAUGGGAAAGUCGGCAUCUAUGACACACACUCCAGCAAGCCCCCGCAGAUCUCUAGCACCUACCACAAGAAAACUGUGUACACGUUAGCCUGGGGACCGCCUGUUCCUCCGUUGUCUUUUGGAGCAGAUGGUGACAGACCUUCAGUGACACUGUAUAGCUGUGCAGGAGAGGGAGUUGUCUUCCAGCACAACCCUUGGAAACUUAACGGAGAAGCCCACGAUAUCAACAAACUCAUCCGAGAAACUAAUUCUAUCAAGUACAAAUUACCAGCCCACACAGAGAUCAGCUGGAAACCAGAUGGCAGUAUUUUGGCUAUUGGAAAUGAAGAUGGAUCAAUUGAAAUAUUUCAGGCUCCUGACUUGAAACUGCUGUGCACCAUCCAGCAGCACCACAAGCUCAUCAAUGCUAUUCGGUGGCAUCAUGACCAUGGGACACAGCCAGAACUCAGUUACCUGAUAGCUUCCGGCUCCAACAAUGCUGUCAUUUAUGUACAUAGUAUCAAGAGUGUCAUAGAGAAUUCUCCAGAGAAGCCUGUGACAAUAACUGAGCCCUUUCGUACUCUCGUGGGGCACACAGCUAAGAUCACGGGCUUGUCUUGGAGCCCACAUCAUGAUGGACGACUGGCAUCUGUUUGCUAUGACGGCACUGCCCAGGUGUGGGAUGUUCUCAAGGAAGAGCCUUUGCACAAUUACAGGGGACACCGGGGCCGACUGCUGUGCGUGCAGUGGUCGCCUGUAGACGAGAACUGUAUUUAUACCGGAGCCGAUGACUUUGGUGUUCAUAAAUGGGUAGCUACAAAGCAGGAGCAUAGCCGCCCUCCCCAAGGUAAGAAAAGCAUUGAGUUGGACAAGAAGAGAAGCUCUCAGCUCAAACCAAAAGCCAAGAAAAAGAAGAAGCCCUCAGGGAAGUGGUCUUCAUCACCGGAUGUGAAUGGUUCACUGAAUGGCGGAGAGAGUGUGAGAGAGUCUUUCUUAGAGGAGAAUGGGAUAUCGGACCAAGAGGGCGAAAAGGAGCAACAGGAGUCUGAACCAGCUGAGAUGGUUUCCAUGGAAGGUCAUAAGAAUCCCUCUCUAAGUCUACCAGUUGUCUGUGUGCCAGACACCGCAAAGCCUCCCAUGAUGCUCAAAACCCCUCUUGUGAGGAAGGAUCAGAUGAAACCAGGGUCAGAGUCCUCUGUGAAGAGGAAAAAACCUCGCUCUAUCCUACCUCUCAGCACAUCUAUGGACCACAGGGCAAAAGAGGAACUGCACCAGGACUGUUUGAGACUAGCAAAGUACUUGCACUCUAAAGAUCUGCAGGAAGAUGUAACCUCUCAUUCAGUGGAUCAUGUCAAUUUGGGACUCUUCACAGAUAGACCUGCCCUGUACAAGAUGAUGGACACAGAAGGAAAAAGCCAUUUAGAGAAUGGACACCCAGAGUUAUUUCAGCAACUCAUGGUAUGGAAAGGAGAUCUGAAAGGUGCUCUCCAGUCAGCUGCAGAAAGGGGAGAGCUGACAGACCAACUGGUGGCCAUCUCACCUAUGGCUGGCUAUCAAACUUGGGCAUGGACAGUAGAAGCAUUUGCAAAGCAAUUGUGUUUUCAGGAACAGUAUGUCAAAGCUGCCUCCCAUCUCCUCUCUCUCCAUAAAGUGUACGAAGCUGUGGAGCUGCUGAAAUCACACAGUUUUUUCAGGGAAGCCACUGUAAUUGCCAAGGCUAGACUGCGCCCUGAAGAUCCGGUUCUGAAGGAUUUAUACACCAGCUGGGCAGCCGUACUAGAAAAGGAUGGCCAUUAUUCCAUGGCAGCUAAAUGUUACCUAGGAGCUGACUCUCCCUAUGAUGCAGCCAAAGUGCUGGCCAAGAAGGGAGAUACCACGUCCCUUAAAGGUGCUGCUGAGUUGGCUCUAAUAGCUGGUGAGAAGGAUCUGUCGAUGACCUUCUCCUUCAGAUGCGCCCAAGAGCUGCUGUCUUCCAAGAACUGGGUUGGAGCACAGGCUGUCCUCCAGCAGCAGGAGAGCUUGUUGGGACACAGGCUGGUGUUCUGUCUUCAUGAAUUGCUUCACAAGUGCCUUAAUGAAAGCAAUCCAGUGGACAGCAGAAGCCCAUCCACACCUUGUUACCACAGCUGGGUAGUGAAACAAGACUGCUCUUUCAUAGAAAUGGUGAGCAGUGUUUGGCAGAGCAUGUUUGGCGUGAGCACUGCUGAACAGUUGCAGAACAUAUAUGAACAGUUGCGCACCAUUGAGUAUCCUCCCUCUACAAGCAACACUCAUCCCAGGCAGCUCCUGUUCCAUAUUUCCCAUGAUCUGACCUUAGCCCUUCUGAGCUACCAGUCAGCUUCGUGGGAGGAGGCAGUGAAAGCUCUUCUUGGGGCUGUGACCCGCAGCUGUGAUGCUGGAGACCUCACUCUUAUGCAGGAAAUCUGUAACCACUUCCUUCCUAAAGGCUGUGAUGAUCUGAGAGGCAAGCUGGACAACACAAACUUGCAGUGCAUGGCAGCUUAUAGAAGUUUAGAGGCAUUUGUGGCUUAUGGGCAGCUGUAUGAUACGUGGUGGAACCUACGUGAAGAUUCGCGUGUCUUGGAGCAGCUGGAACCAGCUUCUGAGGCUUGGUGUCAUGAGCAGUCCACUCUUGAGCAGAGCAGCACUGCAAGAGUCUCUUCCCCUAAAGAAAUUGUCAUGGAGGCCGAAGACAUGAAUGAAGAGCCCUUUUUCAAAGGGCACAAUAAUGGCAUUAGCUUAGAAACUGACUCAGUGGCCGGUUCAGGCCUUUUAGCAGGGAGACGAGGGAAACUGAGAGGCUGCAGUGUCCUCCUUUCGGAAGAUCAUGCUGCAGUCCAGAGUACGCAGAAGGAUAUCUCUAGAGUUCAGCAGACUUUGAAAGAGAUGAUCUGCCAGCAUCAGAAAAACAACCUCCAGCAAAGCAUUACCAACAGGCAGGAUUCUGAGGCUGACCUGGAAAAGCUGCUUGCCCCAGCAAGCCAGAUUAAAGAACAAAAGAAUGAACCAGUUUCUCUGCCAGAUUUGAUGAAACAACUUACAGAAGCCAAUCAAAAACUUGCAGAAUUUCCAGAUAGUAUAAAGGCCUUCCCUUUCCCAGAUGUCUUGGAAUGCUGCCUUGUUGUGCUUCACAUGGGGAAUUUGGUUCCAGAAUUACAAGAGAAGUCCUUGCACCUGCUUAGAAAAUACAGAGGAUCUUCCAUACAUAAAGAGGUUUGCAGGAAGUACUUCCAUGAAUCUCCUGCUUCCUAGUUUGUUUCUCUUGAUGUGGAGGACUGCAUGGACACCACUUAUCUUGAAGGAUCUCAUUCUAGAAUGGAUGAACAAAAGACUACUGUUAUACAGUCAUGUUGGUCAGUUAUGGGUACACUUCACAGUAAUAACGUUGCCUUUUGUCUUUUUUGAAUUUGUCAGUUUAUUUUAUACUUUGUAUAGCUCUCUUUAGAGACACGCCCUUAAUGCUGUAUGAAUUGUCCAGUAUUCCUGACCUUUGAAAGAAAGGGAGUUAAUUUCCAAUAAAAGCAGUACACACACUAA